GCGAGUGAGAAAUGCAGAGGCAGCAGCCGCGGUAGCGGCGGCAUUGCUCCAGCAGGCACUAGUCACUCCAGUCCCGGCGAGCGAGCAGGGGAGAGCCACAGCCCUCGGACCAAGCUGAGCGGGCUCUGGGCUACCUGGGACUCUCUUUGUGACACCCCAGCACACAAAUACACAGAGGGGGAGAGAGGAAAAACAUAAAAAGGUAAGAAGCGGUAUAUCUCGCUUAUGCCAUUUACAUAGCAAACCCCGAGAGCUUUGCAAUUUUUAUUAUUAUUUCCUCACCCGUGGUGUCUGGGCUGUGGGUAAGGAGAUGUGCGUUUGAAUCGGGGAGAGCGGAGCAGCCUGGGAGUCGCCUCUCCGGGCACAUUUUAGGAGCAUUGCUGCGAGGAGCUCGAUUCCUCGAGGGAGACCGCCUAGGCGCGGAUUCGAGAGCUCCAACAUGGGAGGCAAACUGAGCAAGAAGAAGAAGGGAUACAGUGUCAAUGAUGAAAAAGCUAAAGACAAAGACAAGAAGGCUGAAGGAGCAGCAACUGAGGAAGAGGAGACUCCAAAGGAGGCUGAGGAUGCCCAGAAAACCACAGAAACCACAGAAGUGAAGGAGAACAACAAGGAGGAGAAAGGUGAAAAGGAUACUCAGGUUGCUGCCAAUAAGACAGAAGAAAAAGAAGGGGAGAAGGAGAAAACAGUGACCCAGGAAGAAACCCAGAAACCAGAACCAGAGAAGUCAGAGUCUGUUGUUGAUGCGAAAGUGGAGCCACAGAAGAGCAGCGAACAGGCACCCAAGCAAGAGGAGCCAACUGCAGCCUCUCCUCCCGCUGCAAGUAGCGAAGCACCCAAAACUUCUGAGCCUAGCAAUGAUGCAAAAGCUUCCCAGCCUUCAGAAGCCACAGCUCCCAGUAAAGCAGAUGACAAGAGCAAAGAGGAAGGGGAAGCCAAAAAGACUGAGGCUCCCACAGCGCCUGCAGCCCAAGAAACUAAAAGUGAAGUGGCCCCAGCUUCAGACUCAAAACCUAGCAGCAGCGAGGCUGCGCCUUCUUCCAAGGAGCCCGCGGCAGCAACAGCAGCACCUAGUUCCACUGCUAAGGCCUCGGACCCUGCAGCCCCACCAGAGGAAGCGAAAACUUCUGAAGUUCCAGCGACUAAUUCGGAUCAAACCAUAGCAGUGCAAGAUUAAAUUGGACAGCCUGUUGAAACAACCACUUAAAACAACCUGUGUCUUUUUUUUAUUUUUUCAGCUAUACUAACUCGUUUCAGAUCUGAAAUAACAAAUAUGUAUUGCCCAGAAAGAAAAGAGAAAAAAAGAAAAAAAAAGAAAAAAUGAAAAGGAUGUCCCAUCAAGCUGGGAGGGAGGGAGGGGGGGAGAAUCCAAAUAGUAUUUUUGUGGGGAAAUAUCUAAUAUACUUUCUGCCAACUUGACACAAGUCCUGGAUUAAAAAAAAAAGUUAAAUAAAUGGAUGUCUGAAAGUACAGCACAUCUUUUGUAUCUGAACUGCUGUAAAUGCACUCCACCAAUGUAUCAAAAUCUUCUUUUUGUUCUGUAAUGGGGUUUGGGAGUGAUGUGUUUGAUCCUGCCCACUGAGUUUGUGCCAAGGCGAUCAGAUCUUUAUGAAAGCAGUAUUUUCUGUGUUCUUUUUUUUUUUAUUUUUAUUUUUAUUUACAGCCUUUCUUAUUUUGAUAUUUUUUUAAUGCAGUGGAUGAAUGCCAACUUUCAGACAAAACCCACUUAGCUGUCCACAUAUUUCUCAAUGCCAACCCUCCAAUUCUUCCUCUCCAAAUAUUUUUUGGGAGUAAAAAGCAUUCUCAUCCUACUUAGCCUACCUAGAUUUCUCAUGACGAGUUAAUGCAUGUCCGUGGUUGGGUGCACCUGUAGUUCUGUUUAUUGGUCAGUGGAAAUGAAAAAGUCUGCGUUCAUUGCAGUUCCAGUUUCUCUUCCAUUCUGUGUCACAGACACCAACACACACUCAUUGGAAAACAAAUGAAAAAACAAAAUGUACAAUGGAUGCAUUGAAAUUAUAUGUAAUUGUAUAAAUGGUGCAACAGUAAUAAAAGUUAAAUAAUUUAAAAAAUAUAAAA